AUGGCCCAGGCUCAUGAACGCCAACCUCUUCUGGGGGACGCUACGAGAUCUCCCGAACACCCCCACGCUCGAGCCAGUGCCGCAGCAAAGUCCGCGCGGCAGCAUUUACGCCAAGAAAACAUUCUCCGAAUACACGCCCUGAGCCUUCUUCUCAAAUACUCUGCUCUGGGUUUGGAUCGCAUCUUCUCAGGACCUGUAUUGCUCUCUGCUGGGAUUGUGUUCCUUUUCUGUGGCCUCAUUUGCACUGUCGCGGCCGUCAUCUACUCACAAGUCACGGGUACAUGGAUAUAUCCACUACUACUAGUGGGACUACUAAGCUUGGGGGUUUCUCUAUUUUCUUGCUGCCAUGUGGACUUUAUGUCUGAAAGGAUUCCGCAUGCUGGCUUGGAGAUCGCUCUACUUGAACACAGAGAGGCUGUGGCAUGCCUCCAUCAAUUCAUAGACGGUGUUGGAGUUGCCGAGACGGAACACGGUGAGCCACUGGCGGUAGCAAGUCAAAGCACUCUGGGUCCGACAGAUGGCGGCCAACCUCUUGACCCUCUUCCUCCGGGCGGCAACAUAGUUCGUGUUCUCGAGCUAGAGCCCGGUACUUUCGACUCCGAAAUACGAUGCCGGGUCUAUGUCAUUUCUGGAACCGAGGGUUACGAGGCUUUGUCCUACGCUUGGGGCGAUUCUACCGUGAGCGAGCACAUCAUGGUCAAUGACAGGCCCUGGGCCGUAACCCAGAAUCUGGCAACAGCCCUACGAUAUCUCCGAUACGAGACCAAGAAGCGCUCACUCUGGGUUGAUGCUACUUGCAUCAAUCAGCGAGACGAUGAUGAGAAGAAUCGCGUCGUGGGAAUGAUGUCGUAUAUAUAUGAGACGGCUGAGCAAGUUCUUGCAUUCCUUGGUCAAGGCCCGGACUUUCCAGAGUUGUUUGAUUUUUUCCAUCGUGUGAAGAAUGCACCAGACAUCGAUGAGGCUCUGCUAACGAUCGAUAUUCCCCUUGUGUUGGGCCAGUUCAGGAAAUUGCUCGAUGCAGAAUGGUGGAAUCGGAUCUGGAUCAUUCAGGAAUUUGCCUACGCCAAGAUGUCAGAUCCUCUCCUCGGGUACAACAAUACAUGGACCGAAGCAUGGGUCUUCCUGCGGGGAUUCAAUGUUCUCCAGGAGAGACUGCGAGUAGAUCUACUCUCUACGGCCCACGCUUCAUAUCGCAGAAUUCUGAGCGAUGAGCUCAGGUCAACGCCAGACGAAUACAACCUGCUUCAAAUGAGACAUUGGCUUCUUCAUUGGAGCUUACGGUUGCACCCUAUUGAAUACAAAGUUUCAGAUUUACUCAGAGGCUCGCGAAGAUACAAGGCAUCUGAUCCCCGAGAUAAGAUCUUUGCUCUGCGGUCGUUGAUGAUGGAGCCCCUCAGGACAGUUUUCACCCCUGACUAUAACCUCUCAACGCGCAAAUUGUAUACCAGGAUGGCCGCCUACCUUCUAUGUUUGGAACAAUGGGAGGGCAUUUAUAACACUUUUCCCAUUCGCACACAUCUCAACCUACCUUCAUGGGUCCCCGACUUUUCCUACUCUGACCUCCAAGAUCCUCUUCUCCCUGGUCGCGAGUCUGGCUGCUAUGGUCUCAUAGCUGGAUCCCUGGAAUGUUCGGUAUGCACUGACGUCCUGGCUAUACGGGUAUUUCACAUUGGCCUGGUAGACGGCAUUGCAGAUGUCACUGCCGAUGCCGAUGGCCGAAUCAUAACAACACCGAGAGGCGAAAGGUUCGAGCUAGGAGACAUACGAAGGCGAAUCCUGGAUUCAUUUUUCCCUACGGGUGAUGCUGUAGAAACUGCCCUGGUAUCUUUCUCAUUCUUUAAUCUUCACUACCAACAUCCGACUUGGUUUCCCUUCGUCACUGAAAAAGAAAUCGCCGACCUAUUUUCACAACUCUCCCGUUCGACGCUGAACCUGUUUCUGCGGGCCGCUUCAAGAGCAGGAUUGAGCAAUGGCAGCCUUCGGGAAUCUGAGACAAUCCAGGACGUGUCAGAUACUCUGCGGAGACUGAGACUAAUAAAUGUUCUAAAUCGCCAACUAGAAGAGGUUUGCCAAGGGAACAGACUAUUGGAAGCGAGGGCCAGAUACGCGAGGUGCGAGUUGGGUGGACGACUUUUCCAAUUACCAAGAGAGAAGCUUGAACAGGAACUGCAAGAUGAUAUUUCAAGCAACAGGGUGAGAGUCGAUAAAAUGAGUGCCGCUUGGGAUAAGAUGGAAAAGAUGGUGGAACAGAAGAGAUUGGAUGACCGGUCGGCGGCGAUACGAGCUUUGGAUGGCCAGGUAAUCGUUAGCACAGACACUGGGGCAUACGGACUCGGCCCUGCAAACAUUUUGAGAGGAGAUAGGCUUACAUUAUUCUCAGGGGUGUCGGGUGUGUUCGUGAUAGGUCUUAAAGAGACAGGAACCACAAUGACGAUCCAACUUGUUGCGAAUGCGAUGCCUGCACAAGAUCUUCUUCGGCUUGCGGGAACUGUGGAAGGCUUGCUUGUUGCUUGGAGACAAAGAAGCACUGUGAACCGUGCCUGA